UUUCAGGCUGUCUGGCCGUACGCAGCAGUUAAGCAUCUCUCGUCGUUCCUGCCUCGAGUGUGUCGCAAUGGCAAACACCGAACCCACCGAAUACACGCUGAUUCCAGAGCUCUACAUUAACGUAUCUGCGGCGAAAUGGUUUUCCACAGCUGCCGAUGUGCUGCGCUCCGUUCAAGGGUCGUUCCCGAGCGGCCCGACCGAGGACCAGCAGUUCCUGGACCUUGGUUGCGGCCCCGGGAACAUCACGCGCGACGUGCUGCUGCCCCAGUGUCCACCGUGCCGAAGGUUCGUCGCCGUCGACAUGUCGAAGGACAUGCUAAAAUAUGCGAGAGAGCAUUUCUACCACCCUAAGAUCAUCUACGACACCCUCAACAUUAUGUCGGACGACCUCUCUGACUUUGUGGGGCGGUAUGGGCUCUUCGAUCGCGUCUACGCGCUCCACCUCCUGAACUGGCUGAAGGACCAGGAGCAGGCGCUCAAGAACAUUGCCAAGCUGAUGAAGCCGGGAGGAGAGGCACUCUUUACUUUCAGGACGAGUACCCCGCAAAUGAGGUUUCGGAAGAAGUUGGCCGGAAUGCCGCACUGGAGCAAGUACGCCAAGAUCUGCGAAAAUUGCAAUCCUCCAACCGUGGACCUUGCUGGGAAAGAGGCCCUCGUCUCUUACAUAACAGGCAUUGUGAAGAAAGCAAACUUGACUUUGUCUAUCUGCGAAGUCAUACGUGACCCAUACGAUCUCCACGCAGGCCUGGGACACUUAAUUCGUAAACAAUCAUUUCAUACCUAA